AUGGCGCGUCGCUCUCCAUUCGGUUUGCCACUUAAUGAUGAAGCUAAGCAACUGGUGAAUGAUGUUCGUCUCCGUAUUGGGCAGCCAAUCCAUCCAAAUUUCAACACCGAUUUCAAUGUCUACCGCUUCAUCAUGGCCGCUGAGCGUACUCACCGUAAAGAGCGUGAUGUCAUCAAGUACGCUGCGCUUGCUCUUAACAACCAUCUCCGCUACCGCAAAGCUUUGAACCUUGACGUCGAGCAUAUUCCAUCAUUCGAUGACAACCCAAUAUUUCAAAAGAAGCUUAUGCCACGUGGAGAGAUUCUGACAAAGACCGACGCCCAGAAUCGUUUGUUGUGGUACAUCGAGUAUGCAACAAUCACUGUGGAGAGCAUUGCUCACUCAAUCCGUAGUUCGGAGGCGUGCAAGUUUCAAUUCCUGCAGUUUGAGCACAUGCUCCGAAAGGUUAUGGAGCAAGAGGAGCGUACCGGGCGCUUGAGUUCUCUCCGUCAUAUUGUCAACAUGGAUGGAUAUGAGAUCAAUCCAUUCACCAUGGUCUUCGUCACCAGCGGAACCUUGGCAUACUACUCCCAACUCUUCCACUUCGAGAACUAUCCAGAAUUGGUAACACCAACGGACAUUGUCAACAUUGCCAAAUGGAUUCACGUUCCGUACAAAAUUGCGAAGGCAAUGAUGCCGACUGGUUUCUCAGAGAAAUUCCGUCUCCACGACAGACACUUCCUUGAGACACUCCUCGAGGAUAUUGAUGUUAAUGACAUUCCAGUUAGCCUCGGUGGCAAUGAUACGGAGAUCAAAUUCACUGAUGCCAUCAAAAUCGACCCAAACAACUACUGGCGAGUGGAUAACGCAGACUUGAUCGAUGCCCUCGAAGGAUUCCAUGUUGGAGCUCGCAAGAGCAGAAUCGUCUCUAUCAAUGUCACCACCGCCAGAGAGCUCAAAUGGUACUUUUCGACAGAUGGAGAUAUCUACUUUGGAGUUUUCUUUGAGGGAGACGCCACCAACAACAAUGUCGAGCAAGUUGAGCCAAACCUUGACAACAUGGAUAUGGUGUACCCAUGGUUGAAAAUCACAGCCAAGUUAGUUCACGAAAUCGAUCAUGUCAACUUGAACCGAGUGGGAAGAUACCAUGUUGUCUUCUGUAACAAGCACUCCUGGAUCCAUCGGCGGUGUGUGCAGUUUUAUGGACAGAUUCUCGACGACACCGACAACUCAUACAAACGCCUUUACACUGAUGGAACAAUGUCGUCAGCCGACCGAAUAAUCUAA